UCUGCAGAGGAAUUCGAAGUCGAUGGGUGGAGUCUUGGUGUUACUCUUAGGCAUCGUGGUGUUGACGUGGACACUGGGGGCGUGUGGGGCGUCGUGGGCGUGGCUGCUAGUGUCCGUGGGCAUCACGUGGGCGGUUGUGAGAGGCAGCUUAGAGAGGGUAGCUGAGGAUGCCAGCAGAUACGUGUCCCUUCGCCUGCACCGCCGACGGGCCCUGCAGGCGGACGAGACGUGCGAGUGGCUGAACAUCCUCCUGAACCGGUGGUGGGUGUUCUCCUCGUCGUCCAUCUUCGCCAAAGCCAAGGCCGCCUUAGACCCCAGGCUCCUGGAGGCCAAACCUGCUUUCUUGGAGACCAUCAGCCUGAAGCAGCUCUCCCUCGGGGACCGAACACCCGUCAUCCGUAGCAUCCGAGCCUGGGAUGUCAGCACGCCGGGGGUGGAGGGGGUCUCCCGCCGGCCUCUGUGCCCCUCGCGCCCUCCCGCAGGACUCGACCACGCCCCCACGCACACGGUGGCGCUGCUGUGUGACCUCGCGCUCGACUCCGACUCCUUCUCGGCCGUGCUGGCGGCGCGGAUCGGGGGCAAGGGCAUGGGCGUGGACCUUGACGUGGCGGUGGAGAAGCUAGCCGUGUUGGGGCGUGUGAUGGUGACGGCGACGCUGGACAUGGAGGCGCCCUUCCCCCAUCUCACCCGCUUGUCCUUGUCCUUCACCGAGAAGCCCCAAGUGUGGUUCAGUGUCCGGAUCCUCAAGGCUGUGCAAAUGAUGGAGGUUCCUGUGCUGAAGACGUGGCUGCACUCGCUCGUGAUGGACGCCUUGGCCUCCGCCUGGGUCGACCCGGGUCAGCUGGAGAUCAACAUCCACUCGACCGAAGCCUUCGUCCCCGAGCAGCGAACUGGGGACGCCCUCGCUCAGGGUGUCCUCACCGUUAUACUGUGGACGCAGAAGGGGUCGUCAGGCCUGGCCGUGGACGAGGACAAGUGGGUGGUGGUCCUGAUCGGCGGGCAGCAGCACGUGACGCCCCCGCUGAACACCCCGCGCUGGCAGGAGGCGUGUAGCUUCCUGGUGGAUUCGUCCCUCAACAACCACAACCUCGUGCUCAAGGUCAAGAGUAAACGGCUUAUUACAACAACCAUAACGCAGUUCGACCUCCCGCUUAGUCAGUACAGCUUGGACACAAGUAGAGUUGUGGAGACGGUGCUGCACAAGAAGGGCGUCAAGGUGAUGGGUGGGAGCGUCCCCCCCCUCCACCUGCGGCUGCAAUACACGCCCCUCACGGCUGUCAACCUGGACGUGCCCCUUCCGCCCGCCCUCGUCGAGAACCAGGAAGGCGCCGGUGUGCUGUACAUCCUGGUGCACGGGGCUGACAACAUCACCACCUCAGACUACCUGCCGUCGUGUUACUGUCUCAUCUUCAGUAACCGAAAGAAGGUGAAGACGACCCACUACGUGUGCGAGUGCGGGUCGCCCCGGUGGGAGUGCGGCGUCGAGGUCCUGGUCAGAGAGGUGUCCACCGUCACCCUCUCCUUCGCCGUGUGUUCGAUGCCCAGGGGGACGCAGGACACCGAGCUCCUGGGGCUGACGUCCUUCUCCCUCGCGACGAUGGAGCUGCCGAUCGUCCGCCGCCAGCUGCCCCUCAGCAGGAGCCUCCCGACGCCAGGCUGCACCGUCUCCUCCGGUCCUUCGCCAGGGACUGUGACCAUAUCCGUGGUGUUCCGAGCCGUGGCCUCUGUCGCCGGGUGCAACAUGUCCUCCGGCGAAAUGCUUUCGGACAAGUAUCCUCCCCAGGUCUCCAGGUCCCCGGUACCUCCCAGUUCCUCCCUGUCGGCGCCUCCUCAAAGACGCUCCUCCUUGCCCUCGGUCGAUGACGAUGACUUAGCGACGAAGAAGAGGAACAACACGCACUGGAUUAGCCAUGCUAAACAGCUCCUAGCAACAGGGCGGGAUGGAGACGGGGGCACGCAGGACAUCGGGGACAUCCUCGCCUCGGGUCUUGGCCUCAUGGAACUCACAAUCAUCAGAGCGCGAGACUUGGUGGCUAAAGACCUAAACGGCUACAGUGACCCUUACUGUGUCGUGAAAAUCAACAGCGAGGUCAAGUACCGCACUCGGGUGAAGAAGAAGACCCUCAACCCCGAGUGGGAGGAAACUCUGAUGACCCAUCUGCCAAGACACCCAGACAUCCUUGCUAUUACCUUGUGGGAUCAUGAUGCUUUUGGAAGAGAUUUCCUGGGUUCCGUUGCUCUGAAGGAGUCGGACGUCCGCGACCUGUCUCACAAGGAUGCCCCGAAGUGGUGCACGCUUGAGGGUACCAAAUCAGGUCAAAUAGAAAUCAGGGUCAAGGUCAUUUCUGAUGAUUAUGAGCACCAAAUAAUACCAUCAACAACAGACACCAGUUUAACUUCAAGUACAGCAGUGGCAGAUGACAUGGAGAGAACUGAUGAAAUGAGCAGAUCAAAUAGUGUCAAAGAUGAAGUUGCUGGGGCAUCAUCAGGAGAAGAUUCAGGAGUAUUGUUGCACCAGUCAUCACCAACACAUGAGACUGAGACUCCAAGAUUGCCUCGAAUGGGCUCUCAGAGUGUGUCUUAUGUAUCGGGUGAUCAUCCUAUUUUGUCAAAUGGUCGCAGAGCAAGUGAGUCGGCUGUCCUGAUCCCCAAAAAUCACACCAGAGACGACCAGGAUAGCAGCUUUAGUGGUUCCGUGACCCCAUCUACUUCCAGCCCCGUUCGCUCAGUGUCAAAGUCAAGGAGAACUGGGGCUAACAUAAUUGCGAGUGCCUUAGCAAUGGCACGCAGCCAUCCCAGACCGGAAACUCCAAAUGGAGAUUCAUCAUCCUCAUCCCACUGUCAAGGUGAUACCCCUGUUACUGAUGACCAGAGCUCAGGAACGAAUAGUCUCACACCAUCUUCCAAAUUCUCUCCAAAGAUUAGUCUAACAGAGCAUAGCGAAGAUGACUAUGGUGGCAGUAGCCCAGAACAUCAUGUCAAGAGCAAGAAAUCAUCGGAUAGUGGUCUAAGGGCCAUGAGGGAGAAGAUGCGUCGAGGCUUCGCCCACCCACUGCGCCGUUUUCGCUCGGAGGCCAAUGUCCGGGAUGCCCCAAACCUUUCUGCUGAGGUCAGCACAAGUGAGUCUUCAGGCUCACAUGCUGACAUGAAUCUCAGUGUGGGCAUAAGUUCAGGGAUGCGAGUAGGUGUUGGCGGCGGUGAAGGUGAUGCCAGCGAACUGCUUGACCUGCCCCUCAGUCAUGCCAAGUCUCAACCAAACUUACUCCUUCUACCAGGCGAUGCUAACCGAUCUACGUCGUCUACGAAAGUAGGGGUAACGAACAGUCUGUCACAGCGGCCAGGUGUGUUUCUCAACGUACGUGGUAUAGCAGGGCAGGUACAGGGCCUUCACAUACCUCGCUCUGGCUUGCAACUGUUCCUGCGUGUCCGUGUGAGCGAAGAAAAAAGCACCAGUAGCAGCAGCAGCAGUAGUAACAAAAUUACUAAGACUGUGGGUCGGUCUCGCCUGGUGCCUGCCUCCCCUUCACCCACCUUUGAUUGUGAAUGGAUUAUAGAAGGUGAAGCUACCAGAAGAGCUGUCUUGGUUUUGGAGAUUCGCACUGGGUCCAGGGAACUUCUUAAUUCAGCAAAUGUUGUUCUUGGAGAUCUUUUUACAGAGCCUGGAGUGGAAGGCAGCGUAGAGACCUGGGUCAACCUGCAAGGGGGAGCUUCCAUUAAUCUCCGAGCCAACCACGGAGGUGAGGCUCCCCCCUCCUCAAGAAGGCGGUCACUGUUUCGCUCCUGGUCGCUGCAUAAGCUAGGCAGGAUCUGAGAUGGAAGAAGAAGCUGAAAGUGAUGACUUAUUAUUAAGAGGACAUUGGUAUUGAAUACUCAAGUUGCAGUACAAUAUCACUUGACGGAAUGUGGUUGUGAUAAAUUGUGGCACUGAAUUUUGAAAUAUGAAAAUAAAAUCAGAUGUGUAUAUGUACCGUUAAAGAUGAUAAUGUAUUAAGGAAAAUCAAGCAUGAUAUAGAUUGAUAAUAUGAUACUGAUUAGAAAGGUGCUUUAUAUUUGCUAUCAUCAUAUAAUAGUCAUGAAAUCAGAUAGACUUAUGUGCUGCAUAGGAACUAUGAAAUGUGAGGAUUUUAUAAACCUCAUUCAGAACUAAUGUUGAUAUGCAUUAUGCAGGCAGCACUGAAUGUAUAAGUGAAUAAAUCUCUUGUAAGGUGAUUUUUUAGAUGGAAAUGGGUCAUUAACAGUAUGGAAUUCACACAUUUGAUAUGAUAGUAAUAUUUAAUAAGCUUGCACAUGCAUUAUAAAAAAGUUCCCAAGUGCAUUACUCAUGAUACUAAAAGAUAAACGGCAGCUGUUUUAGAUGUGCUCAUAAGAUAACUAGUUAAAAUGAUUGCAAAACUUGAUACAUAUGUGUCAUAUGUACAGAGAGUGAUAGAUACUACAGCUUGCAUUAUAUGUGUAUAUAAUCAUCCAUAAAAUCUGUGUAUAAGUAAGGCCUAACAUGUAACAAAUCUUGAAAAGAUUUGUGAUUACCAUAAUUAUCAUCUUCAUAAAUAUUACUACCACUACGAAUAUUACUGUUGAUAUUUUCUUGGUCAAUAUUUCUUCAUUACACCAUUGUAGUCAUCAUUCUCAGUAGCAUUACCAUUUUUUUAUCAUUACUGGUAUUAUCGUGGUUUAUCAUGUCGUGUUUUCUUUAACUAUCAUCAUGAUAAAUGUAGAUAUAAUGAAUGCUACUUUCUUCAUUACUUACUAUUAAGUCUCUUCAUCUUCCAUUUUACUUGCACUACUCUGUAAAUAUUCAUAAUAUUGGUAUAUGAUACCAAAUGAAAAAUCUUGUAAUGUCUUCAUAAAAUUUUCAUCAGUAAUUCCUUUACCUGCAUGAAUCCUAAUUACCAUUUUUAUUAGUGUAGAAUUAUGUAUUGCAAAUUCUCACUUAUAAACGUAUUAAGUAUAAUAUUGAGGAAUUAUGUACAGCUUUCUAACACUUAAGCUAAAUGAAUGAAAAGUUGCCUGCGGAAAAAUGGUCAUUAGGCAGCACUUGACUGAAAUAUGACUAAAGCUGUGGAACAAUAAUAGCAAUGAUUGAAUAUGAAUUGGUAAACCUUAUUCUUAAACAAGAGAUAUAUAAGACCCACCUACAACACUGUUUACAAAGUUAUGAUUGAAAUAAGAACUGGAAAGAAUUUUUUCUUUCUUUCUUUCUUUCUUUUUUCAGUGGUUUGAUAAAAAAGUAGCAUAAUAAAUGACAGAACCAGACAAUCUUCAUAUGUAAUGGAGGUCUUAUUAUUACUUGUACUUUAAUUGAUCUGUUUAAAAAGCUAUAUUGAAACAGAAAGAUGAUUUUUGGAGAGGAGGUAACUUUUAUUUCCAGUAAUGUGAAUUCCCAUACUGUUUUAAAAAAACAUACAAGCAAAUGUAAAAAUGUAUUGUAAUUAGAAGAAAAAAUAGUAGGUCAGAGAAAUAAGAUUGGUCAAAUUAAAUAUGGAACGACCUACAUAAGUUAAUCUUCCAGCAGUUUAAAGAUAUCCAAAGUUCUUGAUGUGGAUCAUGCAUUCAUUUAUAUUUCAAAUUCCUACUUUUUACUGGUUAGUUAUCCUUUUCGUAUGAUGUUCAUAUGUAUAUAUCGCCAGAUAAACCAUGAAGAAGAAUGAUUCAAAUUGAAUAUUACACACAGCUCUUGUGCCAUUAAACUUUUACUAGAAUAGUGGUAUUUAUCUUAUUUAUUUGAUUAACGAUUUUUUAUUGGUUACAUUUUUUGCUCUAUUUUACAUUGGUGUCUUUGGAUUGUCAAUGUAGAUAGGGAACUUUGGGAUUGUCAUUCAACUGAUACAUUACAUAUAGUCAAGAAUAUUUACUGUUUAUGUAGUUAUCUACAAUGACUGUUGCCAUUGCAGUCAUUAGUCAAUUGUGUCAGUGGUCUGGUAGGGGUUUUAGAUUUCAAACAUUUUAUUUAAUAUUAUCUUUUCUCUCAACACAAUCUUACAUAUGUCAGUGUAGAAAUACUCUCUUUGUGACCUUUUGCUGGUCAUUGGUUUGGUUCAUUUUCCAGCAGAGGAUAGAAAUGUCAUGGCUGUGGUCCCAAGUUGAAGGCUCAUGCUAAGAGAAAGAGAGAAAAAAA